AAAAGUGCGAGAGAGAGCGUGAGGAAAAUAAAAAUAAUAAAAAUCCAUUGGGAGCGGUUUCGCGUCGCUCACUUCAAAGAUCUGGCUCUCCUCACUAUUUCCCCUGUUUAUAGAAAAUUGAGGGUCAUGUGUUUGUCGGAGAGGUGAAGGAGAAAGAGAAAGCUAAGAAACGGUAGGAGAAGGCUGUUUCCUCUGGACAGACUGCUGGACUCGUCAAGGCUUCUGGAAGAAAGCACUGUAGUUUUCAGUCUCUGUCAAUAUGGUUGGGGAAGCCUGCAGUCAGCUGAGCCUGAAGAAGUCACUUGGAUGAGUGAUGAAACGUUUCUCCCACUGAAAACGUUACGUCCAGAUGAACAGAACCAACUUUUUCAGAUUUCUUUCUUGAUCUUGAAACCAUGGAUGUCGAUUUUAUUGUCACUUUGCUAAGUGUUUAAAUAAGUGUCGAUUGGAUUCACUCUCCCAGACUUCCACAAACUAGCAAAUAUUAUCUUUGUGGUUCACAGCACCUCACAGCCUCCUGGACACUGAGCUUAGGGCAGCUGGUCAAUAUAGGAAAACACACAGAUACGUGUCCCUCCCACAGGACACUGAGAGUUUUGCUCUGCACUGAAGUCAGCCAGUGUUCAGUCAGAGUUUGAUCAUGUCUGGACUGUUGGGUGUUCGCCUGCUGCUGCUGUGGGGCUGCGCCUGCCUCUGGCUGAGCAGCUCAGCCUCAGGAGCUCUGGUCAUCUCCAGGCACGAUGAAGCCAUACAGGAAAGAAGAGGAGCUGCCAGAUCACUGCAGAAAAGAAGUACAAAUGAAGCAAUGGUGGAGGUGCACAGUGUGACAGUGGACUGCACUGUGACCUCUUGUUUUGCCCACACUGUCAUGACCUCCAAGGCGUUCAACAAAGCAAGCUCGUCACAGGAAAUCUUUUUUGAAGUGGAGCUGCCCAAGACUGCUUUCAUCACAAACUUCAGCAUGGAAAUCGAGGGUCAGGUGUAUGUCGGAGAGGUGAAGGACAAAGAGAAAGCUAAGAAACAGUACGAGAAGGCUGUUUCCUCUGGACAGACUGCUGGACUCGUCAAGGCUUCUGGAAGAAAGAUGGAGAAGUUUUCAGUCUCUGUCAAUAUUGCAGCUGAAAGCAACGUGACCUUUGUCCUGACAUAUGAGGAGCUCCUUCAGAGGAAACUGGGCCGAUAUGAGCUUUUGACCAGAGUCAAACCCAAAACACUGGUUCAGGACUUUCAGAUUGUGACAAACAUCUAUGAGCCUCAGGGCAUUUCUUAUAUUGACGCCCAUGCAACCUUCCUCUCGAAUGAGCUGCUCCCUCUGGUGGAGAAAACUGUCACAGACAGAAAGGCGCAUAUCUCCUUCUCACCAACCAUGGAGCAGCAGAGGAAGUGUCCAGGUUGUGAUGGAACACUUAUUGAUGGAGAUUUUAUUGUCAGCUAUGAUGUGAAGCGAGAGAAGAACCUUGGGGACAUACAGAUUGUAAAUGGAUACUUUGUGCACUUCUUUGCUCCUGAAUUACCUAAACUCCCAAAGAAUGUGGUCUUUGUAAUUGAUAUAAGUGGAUCAAUGAGUGGAAGAAAGAUGGAGCAGACAAGAGAAGCUAUGCUGGCCAUUCUUCAACAAGUCCAUGAAGACGACCACUUUGCCAUCAUCCUGUUUGAUUCUGUUAUUGAAACCUGGAAGGAUUCACUUACCAAAGCAACAAAGGAAAACAUAACUGAAGCCAUGAAUUACAUCAAAAGAAUACAUAGCAGAGGAGCAACCAAUAUUAAUGAUGCAGUGUUGACUGCUGUAAACAUGCUGGUCAAAGACAGACAGAUGGAGAGGCUACCAGAGAGAAGUGCUGAUAUGAUUAUAUUACUGACUGAUGGAAUGCCAAAUGAGGGAGAGCGCAACACUGGCAAGAUCCAGGAGAAUGUGCGUACAGCUAUUGGGGGAAAAAUGUCUCUGUACUGUCUUGGAUUUGGAAAUGAUGUGGAUUAUUCCUUCCUGGAUGUGAUGAGCAAACAAAACAAAGGCCUGGCCCGCAGAAUCUUUGAAGCUUCAGAUGCUGCUGCUCAGCUCCAGGGUUUCUAUGACGAAGUGGCCAGCCCUCUACUUUUAGAGGUGGACAUGCACUAUCCUGACAAUGCAGUGGAUUCUCUGACCACCAGCCACUUUAGCUACUUGUUUAAUGGCACAGAGAUUGUUGUGGCUGGCCAUUUAAUUGACGACAACCUUGACAACUUCCUGGUGGAAGUGGUUGGACAGGGGCUCGAAGAAGACUUCAGAGUCCAGGGUCAAGUGAGUGCUGCAGACUGGGAUGUUUUUUACCCAGACGAGGAGUACAUCUUUGGAGAUUUUACCGAGCGGUUGUGGGCCUACCUCACUAUCCAGCAGUUACUGGACAAGAGCAAGAGCGGUACACCAGAUGAGAAAGCCAACACAACAGCCAAGGCCCUGGAUAUGUCCCUGCAGUACAGCUUUGUCACCCCUCUCACAUCCAUGGUUGUUACCAAGCCCGAAACUGAAGACUCGACAAGCAGCCCUCUUAUUGCUGACAAGCUGACUGAAGAGCAAAGACAGCAGGCUGAAAAAAUGAAAUAUGAUUAUGAUGAUUCGCCCAGGGCGUCGUAUUCAUGGGAUUACGAUUAUAUUGCCACGGGAAAGGCUGUUGCAUUCCCAGACAUGCCUGUGGUGUGGAGAGUCCUGCUACUGUCUGCUUGUGUCUACAUCAGUCUUCUAGCUCAGACCUAUGGCGCUCUGGUUAUUUCCAGGAGAGAUGCUCUAACACAGGAAACCAAAGAAACCGUGGGCAUCAGGUCGAUGAAGAAAAGAAGUUCAAGCUCUGCAAAUGUGGAAGUGCAAAGCAUUCGAAUCACCUGCACAGUGUCGUCUCGUUUCGCACACACGGUCAUGUCUUCCAAGGCGCUAAACAAGGAGAACUCAUCCCAGGAAAUCUUUUUUGAAGUAGAGUUGCCCAAGAUGGCCUUCAUCACCAACUUUAGCAUGGAAAUUGAUGGUCAGGUGUAUGUUGGAGAGGUGAAGGAGAAAGAGAGCGCCAAGGAGCAGUAUGAGAAGGCUGUUUCUUCUGGAAAGACUGCUGGACUUGUCAAGGCUUCUGGAAGAAAGAUGGAAAUGUUUUCUGUAUCUGUAAACAUUGCUGCCCAGAGCAGCGUGUCUUUCAUUCUGAUCUACGAGGAGCUCCUUCAGAGAACACUGGGCAGUUAUGAGAUCUUGAUCCGAGUCAAAGUAGAACAACCAGUGCAGGAGUUUCAGAUUGAGGCAGACAUCUAUGAGCCUCAAGGCAUUGCUUUUGUUGAGGCUUCUGCAACGUUCCUCACCAAUGAGCUGAUCCCUCUGAUAGAGAAAACUGUCACAGACACAAAGGCACACAUCUCAUUCUCACCAACAGUGGAGCAGCAACAGAAAUGUCCAGGUUGUAAGGGCUCAUUAAUUAAUGGAGAUUUCAUCAUCAAGUAUGAUGUGAAACGAGCAACAAGCCUGGGGGAAGUUCAGGCAGUAAAUGGAUACUUUGUGCACUUCUUUUCUCCCCCUGACCUGGCCAGAGUCCCAAAGAAUGUGGUGUAUGUAAUUGACACUAGUGGAUCGAUGCAUGGAGCAAAGAUUGAACAGACCCGAGAAUCAAUGGUUGCCAUUCUGCAAGACCUUCACGAAGAGGACCACUUUGGUAUCCUCCUGUUUGAGCGUAAGAUUAGUUACUGGAAGGAUUAUCUUACCAAAGCAACAAAGAGAAAUGUUUCUGACGCCAUUGACUAUGUAAAGAAAAUACAGGACAGUGGAAGCACCAACAUCAACAGUGCUAUACUGGAUGCAGUUAGUUUGCUGAAGAAAGAAAGAAAAGAAAAGAAAGUUCCAGAGAGGAGUAUGGAUAUGAUUUUUCUACUGACUGACGGGAUGCCAAACAGUGGGGUGACCAGCCCCCAGCUAAUCCAGCAGAAUGUAUUUUCUGCUAUUGGAGGAAUCAUGUCUCUGUUCUGUCUUGGAUUUGGAAAUGAUGUGGAUUACUCCUUCCUGGAUGUUAUGUGCAGGCAAAAUAAAGGAGUGGCCCGCAGAAUUUUUGAGGGUUCAGAUGCUGCCAUUCAACUCAAGGGUUUCUACGAGGAAGUGUCCAGCCCUCUGCUCUUGGAGGUGGAUCUGCGUUAUUCAGAGAAUACAGACUUCUUAACCAAAACUCACUACAGCCAGCUGUUCAACGGCUCAGAGAUCGUGGUCGCUGGUCAGCUGAAGGAAAAUGACGUGGAAAACUUCUCGGUGGAAGUGUUUGCCCACGGGUCUGAAGAGAACUUUGUGGCACAGGGAAAGGCCAGUGUGGCUGACUGGCAGACAGUGUACCCAGAAAAGGGGUACAUUUUUGGAGAUUUCAUUGAGCGUAUGUGGGCCUACCUCACCAUCCAGCAGCAGCUGGAGAACAGUGCUCUCAGUACUAAAGAGGAGAGAGGAAAUAUAGAAGCCAAGGCUCUGAACCUGUCUCUGAAGUAUAACUUUGUCACCCCUCUCACAUCCUUGGUGGUCACCAAGCCUGAAAACGAGAAUGGAGCUGAUCGCUCUUUCAUUGCUGACAAGCUGACUGAAAGCCAGCGACAGCAAGCAGAAAGACACAUGGCAGGUGCACAUGCAUCGCCUGCUGUCGGCUCGCGUGUAAUUGAUCACUUAUUUGCUGCAGUUGAUGGAGAUCCCCAUUUUAUGAUAGAGCUUCCAGAUAAAAACGACGCUCUGUGCUUCAACAUCAACGACAAACCAGGAACCAUUUUCAGUCUGGUCAGAGACCCCAAAUCAGGCUUUGUGGUGAAUGGCCAAAUAAUUAGCAAGAAGAAAGUUGCUCUGGAUGGUAACGUGAACACCUACUUUGGCCGUUUUGGUAUCACACAUCAGAACCUGGGGGUGAGACUGGAUGUGAGCAUUCAGGAUAUCUCUGUUUUGUACAAUGACAAGCAGGUCAAGCUGCUGUGGUCUGAUGCCACCUCACUCAGAGAUGCCAAUAUGGAGCUCAACCUAGUUAAAAACUGCAGUCUGACAGUGACGCUGAGGCACUCAGUGAAAUUCAGGGUCAUCCGACACACAAAGGUUUGGAAGAGACGCCACGACCACCAAGACUACCUGGGUUUCUACACUCUGGACAGCCAGCACUUGUCUGCUUCAGUUCAUGGUCUGCUAGGUCAGUUCUACCGUGGGGUUGUGUUUGAGCUGACAGACCUGCAUCCAGGUGAAGGCCAGGAGAAACUGGAUGCCACCAUGUACGUGAAGGGGCAAAGGCUGAAUGUGACAAGACACUGGCAAAAAGACUUCAACAAGGAUGUGAAGAAUGGAGAAAGCAUCGCCUGCUGGUUUGUUGACAACGAGGGAAGAGGCCUGAUCGAUGGAACAGCCUCAGACUACACCGUGUCAGACCUUUUUACGGCUAUUUGAAAACGCAAAGUGCGAUCAGCAUUGCACUGGGAGCUGCAGGGUAGAUUUACAUGCUCUGGGUGGUGUGUGAUGAGAAGGCAUUGUAGUGAGUCGCUGGGUGUUUUCUAUUUCAAAGUGACACAUGCAAAAACUGAAAGCAAGUGCAUGCUUAUAUUAAUGCAAGCAUAUCACGUUACAGUAUAUUUUGAGUGUACGUGUUUGUGUCCGUCUGGCAUUACAGAGUGUAAUCGAACCUCUCCUGCUAAAUGUUAUUUAGUCAAACAGCAUCAGUGAGAUAGUUUGCUUUACUCACACAAUGACAGUGUGUGAGUCAAGAUAGAUUUAAUGAUGACACAAAUAACAUGGCAGGUAAAGCUUUCUGAAUAGUCUGCAUAUAUGACAUACUGCAUUCAUUUCUCCAUGCUUUCUUGGAAUUAAAUAAAUAUUUUGCUUUUUAAAAAA